CUUCAACCAUCAGUAAUUACAGCACGCCUGCUUAAGAGCAGUUGUUUAAUGUAAUGUUGGCUCGAGUCCUGGUAGUACAAAGCCCCUUCCCGAGGGGCCUGCGCGCUCGCCCACAUUCUUCUAAGUUAACGCUCUCCAGAUUUGCAGAAUGCAGAUGUUGCUCUUUUGUGCUCUGUACGUUUCCGCGCUGUCAUUGUUUCCGUUUCCACUUUCGGGAGAACCACGCCGUCGGCUCAACUAUAUAUUUUUCUUACGCUCUCCCUGUGCUGUCAGCUCCAGGACAGAGGGAGAGGAGUGAAACUUUUUCAUUGGGACACUUCACUUUACAUCAGCGCAAUGGGGGACAUCGAGACUCCAGACUCAACGAGAUCGCGCCAUGCAAUUUUCUCACUUCUCCCGAGCAAAGAGUUCGUUACAUCCCGAAAAGGAACGCUUCUUAUCGGCGAAGUGGUAGUAUCCUUCAUUGAUUUCGUGUGCUUUGUGGUGUCCACUGCCGCUGCGUUGGUCACUGCUCCUCUCAUUGAGUUCCUGGCGGCUCUCUUCCUGCUCUUCGCCUACUCCACCAAGAUCAACGAGCGCUUCAAGGGCUUCCACUGGCCACUCAUGGACUUUUUGCGUUGUGUCAGCGCAUCCAUCAUUUUUUUCAUCAUCUCCAUAAUCUCUGUGUCCAAGUAUCCUGAUGCAGCUUCCAAAGCAGCAGGGUUAUUCGGUUUCAUCGCCACCAUAUUCUUUGCACUGGACUUCUACUUGAUCUUUAACGACCUCGCCAACUUCCUCAAAGCCGGAGGGGGGGCAGAGUCACAUGACGACCCGCCAACACCCCCAGAUGACUCAGAUUCGGACUCAGACUGAGGACCAGGGGGUUUUCCAGAAAGUCACUGGGGCUGAGGCGUCCGUACUUGUGCCUGAUGGAAAACAAGAACUCCCUUCAUGACUAAAGACCACUGAUCUUCCACCACUACAGAUGAAUGCUGUAUUGUACCUCACACUCACUGAUAAUAGUCAAAAGCUAAUGGUCUUCUGGACUCUCACUGAAGUGUUCUGCUUUGGGCACAUUAAGUGAAGGCCUCACAGACUUAUUUGUUUGUUUACAACGCCUCCCACUCCUUAUCCACCCCCCCCCCCCUUCGCUGUGUUAGAGUAUGCUUGAAGCUGUGAAUGUCUCACAGUAUUUGUCCUAGCUUGCUCUGAAUGUGUUUACUGUUCUAGCUAAAUCAGGCAAGGUCACAGGAGACAGGUCACAUGACUUGAACCUUUUUUAAGUACUGAAUCCCGAUAGAUCAAAUGUGUAAUGUGUGUUUUUAACUGCAUUAGCCUGAGUAUGUCUGUCCUUGUCUUAGCAUGUUUAAAAACAUGUACCAGUUGGGAGAUAAAACCGUUAAGAGUAAAAUUAGAGUAGCACAUUUGCUUGUUGCUGAAGGAGAAAGCCUCCCGAGUGCAACUGCAUUUGGGCCCUCUUCAGGUGUAGAGCCUUAGAGGCAGUACGAGCGCUCAGAUGGCUUUACCUCUUAUUACCUUCUUAAAAAGGCUCAUUUGUACGUACAGACUUUAAAAGGUAACAGCAAAACUAAUAUUGGUAUCGAGAAGUUAUGCCAUUGCCUUUAAAGGCUAAUAGCACUUCCGCCCAGGAACUGCACUAUGUUUUACGCUUUCACAAACCAAGGGAUGAGUCCUGCGCUGUCACAUUUAGAGAGGCACGAUAAGCAUUAUCAUUAGAUGAAUACUGUAUAGCCAUAAGGCCCAUAAUGUUCCACAUUAGUGUGUAGAAUGAGUGUGUUUGGAGGCAGUAAAACAGGGACACUUUAGAUAUCUCAACUAUCGGAAAGCAUUGGUUUACGCUAUGAUUUUGGUUAAGCAGAAUUACAGCUCUGGGUUCGUGAAAACAUAGACAGACAGAGAGAGAGAGAGAGAGAAAGAAAGAAAGAGAGAGAGAGAAAGAAGGAGUUGCUGAAUUAAAAGAGGCUUGCAAGGCGUAGGCUACCACCAAUUAGAUUAAGCUUUUUUUUACAGUUUUAUUUUUGCUGGAAGGCACUAAAACCCAUGGUUAUAUAUACACAACAUGCACUGCUAAUGCCACAGUCUUCCUUACUUAAUCUCAACACGUGUGUGUGUGUGUUUGUGUGUGAGUGUGUGUUUGACACUGAUUGUCAUAUGAAACUCCAAGCUUACCUCUUAACACAGGAAGUUUUUUCAACUGAAAGCCAUGUACAUUCAAUAAACACAAACACGUUCUUAAAAA